GGAAGCGAGGAAAGGGGCCUGGCUUCCCCAGCAGCGGCAGCCUCAGGGCCCUGCCAGAGGGUGUUGCCAGGCCCGUGGGGCCCCCGAAAGCUCGUCGGGUCAGCUGCGUGGGGAGCCGUCGGGGCCCAGAGAAGCCCAGACCCCUCUCGGGCAGCGCAAAGACCCCCAGGCCUGGAGUCCGGGGGCCUCUCUCUGGGGACCUCGCCCAGGCAGCGAGGAGACUGAGGGGCGACCCCCGAGCCCCCCGUCCAUUGUCCUAAGCCGCCUUUGCCUCUCCCCGUGGCAGACCCUGCCUCUUCGUCUCCCUGCAGCCGGGGCCUGCCUAAAUCCACUCCCCUUCCUGCCUCCCCCCGCUGCUGGUUCUCAGCCUCUCCCUGCCCCCUCCCAAGGGGCGUCACCCCCAGCCUCUGGUCUGUCUCGGUGCCCGCCUGGCACAGACUCCCCAGAGCUGCCCCGAGGCCCACGGUGAGUGUUGCUUCUUGGGGUGUCGGGUUCACCCCCAGGCUACCUCACCCUAACCCUCCCCCCCCAGAGGCCCAGGAUGCCCCAGACCCAGGGUUUGGGAACGGCCCUCCCGGCACCGGACGGCUCUGGUCCCUCCCCCCGGCAUCUGCCCGGGGUCCUCUCUGGGCAUUUGUGGAGCCGCGCGGCUCCGGAGCUUUGGGCACCUGCCUCCCCCCGUCAGGGGGCCUCGCUUGCUGAAAGGAGUCGGGCAGUCAGCCCCCGGGGGUGGGCACGGACGGCCCGUUUCCAGGACUUUCCCCCAGGUUGGAUCCUCAUCGACCGCUGCGGGAAGCACUUUGGCACGAUCCUCAACUACCUCCGGGACGGGGCCGUCCCGCUGCCCGAGAGCCGCCGGGAGGUGGAGGAGCUGCUGGCCGAGGCCAAGUACUACCUGGUCCAGGGCCUGGUGGACGAGUGCCUGGCGGCCUUGCAGAACAAAGACUCGUAUGAACCUUUCUGCAAGGUCCCUGUGAUCACCUCCUCCAAGGAAGAGCAGAAGCUGAUCGCCACGUCCAACAAGCCGGCCGUGAAGCUGCUCUACAACAGAAGCAACAACAAGUACUCCUACACCAGCAAUUCUGAUGACAACAUGUUGAAAAACAUCGAGCUGUUUGACAAGCUGUCGCUGCGCUUCAACGGGAGGGUCCUGUUCAUCAAGGACGUCAUCGGCGACGAGAUCUGCUGCUGGUCCUUCUACGGGCAGGGCCGGAAGAUCGCGGAAGUCUGCUGCACCUCCAUCGUCUACGCCACCGAGAAGAAGCAGACCAAGGUGGAGUUCCCGGAGGCCCGCAUUUAUGAGGAGACCCUGAAUAUUUUGCUGUAUGAGGCUCAGGAUGGCCGCGGCCCCGACAACGCCCUCUUGGAGGCCACGGGGGGCGCUGCCGGCCGCUCGCACCACCUGGACGAGGACGAGGAGCGUGAGAGGAUUGAGCGGGUGCGCCGGAUCCACAUCAAGCGCCCCGAUGACCGGGCCCACCUGCACCAGUGAGCAGCGGCGGCCCACGGGCCGCUCGCAGAGCCUGCCCCGAGCGCCCGGGCCGCGUGCGGAGCGUCCAGGCGGGGACGGUAUUUUGUAACAAAGCAGGUGGUUAUUUUGAUAUUUCCUGGCACGGUGACUGGUUCUGUCGCAGGGACGCAGCCCCUGGCACCGCUCAGGCCACGUCCCUCAUUUUCCCUCUUUCCCUGAACGUGAACGAGUCGGGGGCGGGGGCGUCCCCUCGGUUCUCAGGAGGAAGAACUUUGGUUUUCAGUAUUUAUUUCUGGGGGUCCCAGGCCCCAGCCCUGACCCAGGGGGCUCCGUCCUGUGCGCGGCCGCCCGGGCCGCGGAGGUCUGGCCCCGAGGUCACCCUGCGCUGGGCUGGGCCCCCCCAGUGGCAGAGCACGGCCAUUAGCUUACCCCAAGGCCCCAUCCCUCCCAGGGAGAAUCCCCAGGUGCCUCACGCAGGAUUUCCACGGCCAAAAGGCAAAAAUCCCAAACCCUUCUCGAGGGGGUUUUCUUAGAGCAAUCACGUGCAUCUUGUGGCCAAGGAAAAGAGUCCCCUAGUGUAAGGACACAGCAGGGGGCGUCUGGGCCCCAAAGGGCCCCCGGGGGCUUCCUGAAGCACCUCGGCUCCUUGUCUCAGUCCUGCACGGCUUGGGGGGCUCGGCCCUGUGUGGCUGAUGGCCCUUGGCCCCCCUCAGGUUGAUCCACGUCACAUGGGACAGCAGCCGGUCAUUGGGCCAAGGGGUCCCCAGUGUCCAGCCGUGUUCUCCACUUCCCUUCUUUCCCUGCCGUGAGGGAGCCAGCGGAGGGAGGGGGGCCAGGCCUGAGGCUUCGCUGGUCUCGGGAGCUCCCACUGCCAGUCAGCACUUGUCGGCCAUCAGCUGUCCUAGAGUUGCCUUCACCGAGCGCUAGGCCGGCUCUCUGUCAGCAGCACUUUGGCUUCUGCCCUUCCCCUCCCCCUGCACCCUAAGAGGCGCAGACCGCAGAGGGCUCCUUCUGAGUCAGGGUUGUCGCAGAGCUGAUCUCUGUGGCCUUCUCCUCCCCCCGCCCCCGGGCAGGGGCUCCAAAGCGAAGCUCAGACUCUCCUAGGGGGACGCCCUCCCCUCAGAACUCAUGUUUCUGUAGCAUUUUCUUUACCCCAACCUGCCAGGGAAGAAUGUGACUGACUAUCAGUAGCCCCAUUUUGCUGACAAAGAAAUGGAGGUUCAAAGGGAUGUUUAUGUCCUGCCCACCAUGACCCAAAUCCAGCCUCAAACCCACGGCUUCUGCCUUUACUUGCUCCUAUCGGGGUCCUGGUCCUCGUCCCCGGGGCCGCAGCUCCCUGUCGUCCCAGGUGGUUCUGGCUGCUCUCAUUCCUCAGACUGGCUUGGAAGUGUCUCCUCCCGCCACUUUCAGAGAAUAGAGAAAGGACGUGUGUGUGACUGAGUCUGGCUCGGGGGCCUGGAGCCCCCCGGGCUGUAGGUGUGUGGGCGCGUGGGGUGGGGGGGGGGCUGUAGCAGCCACCUCCCCGCUGUCUCUGCCACGGGGAAACGGGAGGCGACGUGGACGCCGAGGGGGAGACCCGGGAUGUGAGUGGAAGAACAGGCCCGAGCGCGGCCCGAGGGGACGCCGGAGUCGAUACCAAAGCAUUCGUUGUGGCGAGUCCGACCGUGACCUGACGAGGUGUUUGUGUGAGUCACUUUGUGUCCCAGCGGCUUCCGUGACUUAAGCCAUCUGCUCUCAGCGGGGCUGGGCCCGGGAGCCGGUUUUUAAAUGCUGUUACGUUGUCCUCUGUUACCGUCCCGAGCCUGGAGAGAGCAGCAGAUCAGUCGGGCCCUCUCUGAGCCUCUCCAUGUUUUCAUCAGCCUAAGGCUGAGAUCGGGGCUUUGUGCAAAGUGUUCCUGAUUCGGUCAGUCAGGCUCCUGCAAGGAUCUUUUCCCUAAAAGUGAAAGAACUUUGUGUGAUUGAGGUCUAAGCUUCCCCCCUAAAUCCUCUCCUCUGAGACCCCCGUGGGACAAGCCCCACGCCCACAGGCUGACCAUGAAUCAGGUCACUUUGUACAACGACAAAGCAUCGUGAACGUGGCUAGGCCACGACCGUCCGUAGGACUGGAGAAGUAACUGUACAAUGAAUUAGUCUUCAAAGAUAGAUUUUUAUUAAUCUAGAAUUUUUUUAUUUACAUAAUAAAACCUGGGAAUUCUUAGUAUUUCCAUAGUCAAGACGAGGUUUCUGACAAUUUGCUUUAUCCGUCUGUCACGGUCCCCCUUAUGAACACCCACAGGAAUGGCUCGGCUUAGGGGAAGACCAGAUGGUCCCAAGGCUGACAUGGUACUGCCCAAAGUGACCUCAUAGGGACCCUGAGUCUGUCUUCCCCCGGCUGAGAAGGCGCCAAGAAAAACGCUGUAGCCCAACCCAACGAUGCUGGAACCACACAUUUCCUUUCCUCUAUCACGUCGUGACUGAUUUUACCCAUUUCUGGCCCUUUGCGGCAAAAAAGACAAAUCAUGGUUCUGUGAGAACCCCGACCCUUGCCCGUGGCCAUCCCAAGUCUGUCCUUAGAACAGAUGCACUUGGUGAGCCCCGAGCGAAUCCCCCGAUUCUUGAAGCUGUCCGGACCUUUCCAAAAUCUCGCUGUUCCCUCCGCAAAUUUAACUCAGGCUGCUUUGAAUUUGGCUCAGUGACCAUCCUGAAUCGAGAGUUUGCCGUUAGAUCUCUCAUCCAGAUGGGGCAGACACAAAAGGGGGUGCCCGUCUGCUUCCCAGUUGGGAUGGGGUUUUCCAUCACCCCCCUGAAACUGAACUCCGAUUUAUGUUUCUGUUCCUUGAAAUGAGCGAUGCUGUUCACUUGACAAAAUUCAAGAAGCGUUUCUUAAGCUCUUGCGUGUUGGGACUGAUCCAAUCCAAGCGGAAGGACGAGAAGCCAGAUCCUAGAUUUGGCCAGACUGGCGGCUGGUUUUCUAGCGACUCUUAAAAGGCUAAAAAUUAAUGUCGAUUGCUUCAGAGAGGUCAAAGAUCAGCCCAACACUUAGUCCUUUUAUUGCACAUUUCCAAAAAUUAUUGGGUUUCGCACAGCUUUGAAAGAAUUGGGAGUCACGGUUACUACUGCUCUUAUCACCCCAACUGCUGUUUCUGGGAGACAUGGUUCUGGCCACCAGCAUCCCGUGUUCAAGACAUUCAAUUGCCGUCACGCUGCCCGCAAGAGUGGACUUUCUGAGCCACGUAGGAGCACAAUGGUCACUUUAGCUCUUCAUCCAGUCUUUUCUAACAUGUGUUUCUGUAUCCUUGGGAAAAACUGACAGAUCCUGAAACCCUGAGCAUUUGUGGAUCACAUCUGAGCCAUGAGCACAUCAUGGACCAGGACUGUGGAGGGGAGAAUGGGCGAGAUUCAGAGUAGAGUUGCUAUAGUGAAAUCCUUUCCUGUCGAGGUUCACUUUUAACUAGAGUCACCAAAAAUAUCACUUGCGCACAUUCAGAUGUCUCGUACUAAUUGUGUGGCCCCUUAAAGCUAUGCAUAAAAUGCUUGUGUUUUGUUUUGUUUUAGAAGUAUUCAGUGUUUGAGUUACAAGCAUUUGUCUCUACAGAAAUAUAUAUGCAGAAUAAAAAUGAUAUAAAGGACUUGUA